AUGGGCUCAAUCGAUCGCGACCUGCCAUCCGAGCUCUCACUAGAAGAGGCCGUGAACCUCCUCUCAGGCCAUGAUUUCUGGCAUACUCGUGCCAACGAAGCCCUCGGCCUCGGUUCACUCAAGUUCUCUGAUGGUCCGAAUGGCGUCAGAGGCGAAGACUGGAUCAAUGGAGCACCAUCUGCAGCCAUUCCCUGUGGGACAGCUCUAGGUGCCUCAUUCGAUGUGGAAUUGGUGACGAAGCUGGCUGGUGUUCUCGCGAGAGAGUGUAAGCGAAAGGGCGUGCAUGGACUCCUUGCUCCAACUAUGAACACCCAUCGCUACCCUUUGUGUGGGCGAAACUUUGAAUCAUUUAGCGAAGAUCCCUUGCUCAGCGGCCUCAUCGCUGCGUCUUUCGUGAACGGUCUCCAAGCACAGGGCAUUGCCACGAGCCCAAAGCACUUCCUAGCAAACGAAGCUGAAAACGGUCGACGAUGGAGUGACAGCAUUAUUGACGAGCGAGCACUACGGGAGAUAUACCUUGAGCCGUUCAGAAUUGUGGUAGAACAGGCCGAUCCAUGGUCCAUCAUGACUGCGUACAACUCGGUUAACGGCUCCUUCUGCUCCGAAUCACAGAAUCUUCUGUCCAUCCUGCGCGACGAAUGGCGAUACAAUGGCGCGGUCAUUUCAGACUGGUUCGGCACCUACAGCACAACUGAAGCAUUCAAUGCUGGCCUCGACCUCGAGAUGCCAGGACCGACCAAGUUCCGCGAGUACAAUAAAGUGUUGAAGGCCAUAAGAAAGGGUGAAGUACAGAGAAAACAGAUCACAGACUCAGCAGCGAGGAUUGUCGAUCUUCUUCGAAAGACUGGCCGUGCCGGAGAACCUGGUUUCCCGCCGCCGCUGAAGGCUGAAGAACCAGAUUAUCUCGACGAUGUCGAGUCGAGAGCGUUGAUCCGACAGGCUGCUGAGUCAAGUAUGGUGCUUCUCAAGAAUGGAAGAGACACACUUCCACUACUUGAUCGAGCCACCAGACUCGCUGUGUUUGGCCAUCAUGCGACAGAGCCGUCCCUGUUUGGAGGAGGCUCCGCUAGUCUCAAAGUGCCAUACACAUCAACUCCAUGGGAAGUUCUCAGCAAGACAUAUUGCAACGCUACGCUUGGGGCCGGCGUAGCGGUCAAUAGGCUUGUACCACUACCAAACGAAUCUGGCCUUGGCAUUGAGAACAUCACGCUUCUUUGGUAUAACGGAGAUCAACCCUCUCCAGGCCAGCUCUUUCACCGUCAAGAGUUCAAGGACACUUUAUACAUGCUUGUUGAGCAUGCACCAGACGGUCUGCUAGAUCGCUCUGACUUUUGCACAACCAUGAAGUUCGAGCUUGUCGCGCAAAAGUCGGGGUUCUACAACCUUAGUUUAAGCGGCCCUGGUAGCGCAAAGUGCCUGCUAGACGACAAGGUUGUUCUUGACGUUGAGCGAGAUCUCAACGUUUCUACCGAGGACUUCCUCUUUGAUCGCUCGAAACUGGAAGUCUGUCGAGAUGAACCGCUACUCUUGGAAGCAGGUCGAACAUACAAGUUUGAAGUUGUCAGCUGGUCGUCAAAGCACAAGGCGCAGAAUGUGACCCGCGAGUUCUUCAUCCAGGGCUGUCGACUGGGUCUUGCGCUCGCUAGCGAUGAUAAUUUGCCUUUGGCUAGUGCAAAGAAGCUCGCGGAGACUGUCGACACUGCGCUAAUAGUUGUCGGUACCGGCACUGAAUGGGAAUCUGAGGGAUUCGACCGUGUAAGCAUGAAGCUCCCACGUCGGCAAGAUGAGCUCAUCCUUCGUGUUGCCAAAGCAUGUCAAGGCAAGACUAUCGUGGUGGUCAAUGCUGGGUCGCCCAUUGACACGAGUGCUUGGAUUGAUGAAGUGGAUGCAGUCAUCUAUGCGUGGUUUCCGGGUAUGGAGUUCGGCAAUGCGUUGGCUAGAGUUGUCUCUGGAGAAGUAUCUCCAUGCGCUAGACUCCCAACUACGUUCUGGGAUACGGUGGAAGAUUACCCAGCUGGCCACGUGGAGAGCCUUAUGACUCCUAACAAGGAGAUACAUUACCGCGAGGGUAUCCACGUCGGAUACCGCCAACAGUCACUUGAGACGUACAACCCGCGUUUCGCUUUUGGUCACGGACUGUCAUACACCACGUUCAGCUGUUCUAUCACAAGUCCUACCUACUUGGCGUUUGACGCCCGCCAAGAAACAAACAAGGUAGUCAUGAGAGUUACGAACACUGGAUCGCGGGCUGCUAGUCAGACUGUUCUCCUCUUCAUAGAAGCUUUGGAGCCAGCGACACCAAGACCAAGCGUAGAGCUACGAGCAUUUGCAAAGAUGGAAAUUCUGGAGCCGGGAGCUUCCCAAGAUCUGGAAUUCUGCUUGAAAGUUCGGGACUUCUCGUAUUGGGAUGUCAAAGACCAUCUUUGGCGCGUUGACGCGGGCAAUUACAGGUUACGCGUUGCUGGACCGCAUGGAGUUGGGGACUGGAGAGAAAUUGAGGAUGUUACCAUCAGAAUCGAAGAACGAAUGACAGUAGAAUAG